AUCGCCAUUCUCUCUCUCCCCCCCCCCCCCCCCCCUCUCUCUCUCUCUCUUCUUUCUUUCUUCCUCGCUCUCGCCUCCCCCCUCUCCGAUCGCCUCUCCCUCUCUCCACCGCCUUCCGCCACCACCACCCCCACCGCAACCACGAACGAUCGCCUCCGUAUCACCACCGUCACUCUACAUCUCUGUCUCCCUCUCUGUCUCUCUUUGCUUUCCGUUUCUUUCGUUUCACGGAAAUACAGAUCGGAGCGUGACCUCCGCUUAUCCGAUCGAUCCGGCUCAGCCUAUCCUUCCCUCCCCGGUGACACGUUUCGCUAUUUUAGGCAUUGGAAAAGUUUGGUUUGAUGACCUUGGAGUUGCAUUUUGAGAAUGACUUCAAGUAUGUUAGCUGGAGAAAGGAGGUGGGCUACAGCCAGAAGAGGCAGCAUGACUGUUCUGGGGAAGGUUGCUGUUCCAAAACCUUUGAACUUACCCAGUCAAAGGUUAGAGAACCAUGGUCUGGACCCAAAUGUGGAAAUUGUUCCCAAGGGUACCCUGAGCUGGGGGAGCCAAUCUUCCUCUUCUACAACAAAUGCAUGGGGAAACUCCACUUUGUUAACAAAAACUGAUGGUGGUGCCAGUUCCCCAAGUCAUCUUAGUGGUCGCCCUUCUUCUGGAAGUGGUACUAGGCCCUCAACAGCUGGCAGUGAUAAAACACAUGAAACUACUAAUGCUUGGAGUCAAAAUUCCAGGCCAUCUUCAGCUUCUGGGGCAUUGACAUCAAAUCAAACUGCAUUAACUUCCUUGCGUCCUCGCAGUGCAGAGACAAGGCCUGGUAGCUCACAGUUAUCUCGGUUUGCUGGAACUGCAUCUGAUAAUUCAGCUGCAUGGGGUCCAGGCAAUGUCUCAGAGAAAUUGGGAGUGGCAUCCUGUCGAAGUGAUGGCUUCUCUCUGAGUUCUGGAGAUUUUCCAACACUUGGUUCAGAAAGAGACAAUUCUGGAAGAAAUGCUGAUCCCCAAGAGCAUGGCUCUUAUGGUCGUCCUGUCUCAUCAUCUGGUAGAGCAGCCUCAGAAAAAGAAAAAGGUGAUAUUUCUGUAAAUACAAAUAUCAAGAGUGGAACUGUGGGUGGUUGGAGAAGAGAUGGUCCUCAACAUGUUGAAGAUGUGCCCCAAACUACAGUGGAGAAGUUGCAUGGGGAUCCUCCACCCCACCUAAAUGCCAAUGUUCCGCCUCAGCAUUUUGAUGCUUGGCAUGGUCCUCCGGUAAAUGCUCAUCCUGGUGUUUGGUACAGGGGACCUCCUGGAGGUCCUCCACCUUAUGGAACCCCACUUGCUCCUGGUGGCUUUCCCAUAGAGCCAUUUCCUUACUUUCGCCCUCAAGUUCCUCCUGGUGCUUUGGCAAACUCCCAGCCAGUUCCUCCUCCUGGGAUUGGCCCAAGAGGACACCAUCCCACAACUGGAGACUUAUACAGACCGCACAUUCCUGAUGCUUACAUUCGUCCAGGUAUGCCAAUCAGGCCUGGGUUUUAUCCUGGUCCCAUGCCCUAUGAGGGCUAUUAUGGUCCCCCUAUGGGAUACUUUAACUCUAGUGAAAGAGAUGUUCCAUUCAUGGGUAUGUCAGCUGGCCCCUCUGUGUACAAUAGGCAUGCUGGUGAAAAUGCUCCAGAUCCUGCCAAUAAUCAUGUCAGAGCCAGUGUUCAUGGACCCAUGGUGAAAACCACAGUUCCGGACCAAGCGGAAACUGCUGCUCCUGAUGAAAAUCGACGGCCAUACAAAGUUCUGUUGAAACAUCACAAUCACUCGGAUGAAAAGCUGGCAGAAAACAAAUGGGAGCAUGUAGCAGCUAAUGUCCCACAUCUUGAAAAGGGGGAUCAACCAAGGACAUCAUUGCACAAAAGUGAGUGGGGAUUGGAAGAGAGUAAAGAUGAAGUGGUUUAUUCAGGGAGUGGAACAUUUAGUGAAGAUGCUUGUUCUAGAAAUUUUGCCAAUCAAGGAACUUCUUCAGAUCUCAAAGAUAAGUUGACUGCAAAUAGGGGAAAGGGAAAUGCAGUCAGUGAAAGUUCAGUGAACAGAUCAGAGAAUAUAGUGCCUACUUCUGCAGGAGUACCUCAAGUAUAUCCAGCUACUCCAAAAGACACAACACUGUUACAAAAAAUUGAAGGCUUAAAUGCUAAAGCUCGGGCUUCUGAUGGACGACCUGGUGCUGUGUCAAUAGCUGAUAUAGAGGAGCAAAAGGACAGGUUACAACUUGUUGAUGCAAUGUCCAGUUGUUCCUCAAAUGAAAUGGUUACUGGCGGUCUCUGUUCUGAAAAAAGUCAGGCGACCUCCCAUGAAGUGGAUUUUUCUGCAGAAGAUACGAGCCUUCGUCCAGCAGCUUCCAGUGGGACAGCUAUUUCUAGGCAAUCUAGUCAUGGUGCACAAGGCAGGUUCAACCAUCGUGGUAAAAGGUUCAACACUCGGGAUGGAGAUGGCUGGCGGAAGAAGCCACUUGCAACUGAGCCUGUUAGUGAAGUUUCAGCUGCAAGUUCAGAACCCAGUCCUAGUGUUCAUGUAUGUGGCCACCUUACUUCUGUUGGUGGUGGUGUGGAGAAGUCUGGGUACAACCUUCAAGGGAGUGAUGAAAAAGAAUCUUUGACCACAGUAUUUGAUGCAAAUGAUUCCCAGGUGCAGCGUGCUAAGAUGCGGGAGAUAGCAAAGCAACGAGCUGAACAACUGCAGAAGGAGGAGGAGGAACGAACAAGAGAACAGAUGGCAAAGGCUUUUGCAAAAUUGGAAGAGCUGAACCGGCGUAAGCCAGCUGUGGAUAGUUUGUCUCCGAAAUUGGAAAAAGCUUUGCCAACGAAUCCCAUUCAGCAGGAGCAAGAAGGAUCCCAGAUCCCCCCUGAACCCGUGAUUGUUGCUGGCAAAUCUGGAGCACCAGCAUUGAUUUCUAACCCCAAUGCUCAGAUUAUAGAGAGCAGUGCCAGUGUUGGAGAAUUUACCGCUCUAUCCAAUAAUAUCCCCCUGGAUUCGUCAGGCAAUGUGCAUCCAGAACCUGUUGUUUCACUUGAUCAGCCGCCUUCUUUGCCGCAAGAUGCCCGUACGGCUGGUGCUGCUGACAGUAAAGCUGGUUCUCAAGUUAGUGAAGGCAAUGUUUCCAGGCAUAAACGCUUGGGCUAUAAGCAAAAGCAGAAUGUUCCAUCGGGAAAGAACUUGACUGACAAGCCAGUUCCGGUCAAUCCAGCUGAGGCACUAAAAGAUCAGAAUGAUGUAGCUGCGAAUGAUAUUGCAUCUACUAAAGUUGUUGACAAUGAAGUAGUCCCAAGAAGUGUGCCAAGCCUUCCUGUAAACUCAAACAUCAUUGCAGAGUCCUCAGCACAUCAGAGGAGAAAAACUAACAGAAACAGCAAAACCAAGCAAAAGCUGGAUGAUGGGUUAAAGGAAACAAAUGCUGCAAAAGUUUCCACCGAAAGCGGAAAGCCAGUUUCUUCUGAGUUCGAGUUGGAUCCAUGCGCACUUCAGUCGAGGAUGACAGCUGAACAUGCAGUUCAACCCUCAGGGCAGCGCACUUGCUCACCAAGUGAAGAAACUAGUAGUAGAGUACAUAACCAGUGGAAACCUCAGCAGUCUCGUCGGAUGCCAAGAAACCAACAAGCUAAUAAUAGGGCGGCAGAGAGAUCACAUAUCAGUGAAGCUGUUGUCUGGGCCCCUGUGCGGUCACAAAAUAAAACUGAGCCUACAAAUGAAGCUAGUGACAAAACUUCACUUGACAAUAUGUCUCUUACAGUAAAAGGUGACAGUGUAGGACAGAAUAGCAUGAAAAGCAAGCGGGCAGAGAUGGAGAGAUAUGUACCAAAGCCGGUAGCCAAAGAAAUGGCUCAGCAGGGAAACGUCCAGCAACAACUUCAGUCUUGGGUCAAUCAAAAUUUAUCAGAUGACACUGUUGGGAGAGCAGAGCCUAUUCAGAAUGUUGAAAAUCUUCAACCUAGUAAUUCUGCAAUUGGGAAUAUAGGGUUUACAUCUGACUCCAGGAAUGGGGAUAGUAAGCUGAAUAAGCCACUGAAAGCACAUGGUUCAUGGCGCCAGAGGGGUUCUGUGGAAUUGGCAUCUGUCCAGGGUUUGCAAGAUGGAUCAUCCUCGACUUCAAACCCUAGCAAGAAUGUGCAGAAAUCUACUGAACAAUCCCAGUCCACGAAUUUGGAUACUACUUCUUUGAAAGAACAGCCGAAGUCAUCUGAUGAUUGGAACAAUUCUCUUGGAUGGAAUACUCUUGAGAAUUCUGAGACAGCUGCACACGCUGCAACUUUUGCUGGGAAAGAUCAGGGAGGAAUGGGCAGAGGAAAGAGACAUCCAUUUAAGGGCCAUAGAAGCAUGGGGAAUAACAAUGAUACUGACAACAGGAUUGCUAAUAAUGAGAGUGGGAACCAAGAUAAGUAUUCCUAUCAGCCUCCAGCCUCCGAGGUAGGACAAACAGAUAAAAGUUUUGGGGCAAAAGAUAAUCGUGGUGCUGGGGAACGAACUUCUCACUGGCAACCCAAGUCACAGUUUCAUUCAGUUCAUAAUCAACGUGGAAAUAGGCCCAGUGGGGGGCGGAAUGCUACUACUGAAGUCAAUGAUGCUGCGACAAAGGAUUCUCCUUGCCAGGACGGGAUUCAUCUUCCAGCACAAAAAAACAAAGAGAGCAGGGAAAAUGUGGUGCAGCCUCCCACCGAUCAACCUCUGUCCAAAGAGAAGAGCGUGGCUGAAGCUCCAAAUUUAGGGCAUCACGAGUCUAGGAGAGAGAGGAAAGCAACCACAUUUAGAGGACGCCCCAACUCCCCAAAUCUAACCUCUAUUAACACCGUUGAGCCAGCUCCUCCUCUGCCAAAUGUCGAUACCAAACAUGAGCGUCCCAUUUCUGCAGGGUUCAACAAGAGUGGGAAUCAGAACAAUCGUUCUGCCAGAGGAGGGCCUGAAUCUCGUGGAGAUUGGAGCUCGGCUGGACAAGAUAACAGGCAGCAUACUACUUCUUCAAACCGGGAGAGGCAGAAAAACAGCAGUUCACAUUACCAGCCGGUUGGACAAUACAACAACAGUAACAAAUCGGGCAAUUUUGAAGGGCCGCCUGCAGAUGGUUUUCAUAACCGGGGCUCCAGGUACAGGGAGAGAAAUCAGAGUCAUUCGAGGCAGGGUGGGGCGGCUAACUUUUAUGCUCGGCAAAAUGGCGGCAGUCAGUUAUGAUCGAUGGGAAACAGAAACAGAAUCCAAUCUGAAUGGGAGAUCAAUUUUUUUUCUUUUUUUUUUUUGGGGGGGGGGGGGGGGUGGUUUCAAAUGCCAUUUCCUCCAAACCACUCAAUCACAGUCCUGGCAUGAUCAUCCAACAUUUCAGGUAAUUGCUAUUUUAGGUCCGAGAGUCUCUUACAAAAGAAGCUACAGAAACCGUUAACUGAUGUCGCGUGUAUUGGGCAGGGCAGGGCAUGGCGCUUGUGCGCGGGCGGGGGGCUUAGUAUUCUUGAUGCAGUUGAAUGAAUGCUUUUUCUUUCUUUGGUAGAUGUAACUUGAUAUGAUAUGAUAUGAAUGUUACGAUUUGGUCAUGGCUUUGUUAUCCUUUGGAACCCUUUCCUUUUUCCUUUUUAUCAAUUUUUCUUUGCCUAGUACUAGUAGUGGAGCCUGCCUUGUAAGUAGUGGCCGCCGUUAUGAUCAUCAUCAUCAUCAUCUUUUGUAUUGGAUUAGAGGGAGGCUGGUUGUUUAAUGCUUUGCUAGCUAGUACAUAUUUGGUCGUCGUUUGUUAUCUUUA